AUGAGAUUCCUGAAUAGCAACAACUUAAAGAAUUUGUCCUCCGAUCAACUACCUAGACGGUCAUAUCAUUGGUCCAGAUUUGAAAACCUAACCCUGGACUUCAACAAACUGGAGACUCUUCCUCCUGAUAUAUUCCACCGUUUCAAGUUAUACGAUCUGUGGCUGGGAAACAACAACAUCAAAAAGUUACCUGAAAACUUGUUUGCGGGGCAGGAUAAGCUAAAAUAUCUGCGGUUGGGCGGCAAUCAGUUGAAAGAGCUAUCACGUGAAAUAUUUCUUGAUUUGUCUGCCUUGGAAGAAUUGGACUUGUCCUACAAUCAGUUGCAGUUUUUGCCCCGAGGGAUACUUAACAAUAAUAUCAAGCUGACAGAACUGGAUUUAUCAAACAACGAAAUUCAGCGUCUGCCCAUGGAUGUUUUUGGCAACCUAACUCAGAUGAAAAAGCUCUUACUCUCCAGUAACAAACUUCAGCGCUUGCCAAGGUUCAAAAAUCUCUCCGAGUUGAAAAUAUUAUACCUGUAUAACAACAGCCUCGUACACCUGUCACCUGAUCAGUUCCAAGGCCUGUCCAAACUGGAAGAACUGGCUGUUUACGAAAACAAUAUUGACUACCUGCCACAUGAAGUUUUUAAAGGCAUGAAAAACAUGAUGUCUAUGAGCUUUUAUUUCAACAAUAUCCGUACCGUUAGCAACGAACAAUUCAAAGAUGUCGCCCCAAGUAUUCGAUUCCUGUACCUCCAUUACAACGAAAUGCGAGAACUGCCGGAGGGUUUCUUCACAAACAUGAAGAAUCUAAUAACUGCGACUGUAGACACCAACCUGAUGUGUUGCCAUUUGACGAAGGAGGAUGCAGAUUGCGACUUUGCUUAUGUCGACAGCUUCGCCAGUUGUGAAACUUUGUUCAGAAAUCGAGCUCCCAGGGAGUGCCUCUGGGUGAUUGGAAUUAUGUCGUUGGUUGGUGCUGUGUUUGUCAUUGUGUGGCGGUUGGUGUUUAGGGAGACGAAGAAGAAAAACAAGAUACAGUCCAUCAUGUUGAUACAUUUGGCUGGGUCCGAUGGACUUAUGGGUGUCUACCUCCUAACUAUAGGUGUGGUGGAUGCCAUUUGGGCAGGGGAGUAUUAUUUGCAUGACUAUUACUGGCGUUCAAGUUUGACAUGUCAGGUAACAGGUGCCAUUGCCGUGUUGUCAAGUGAGGUGUCUGUAAUGACGAUUUGUUUGCUCUCCGCCGACCGGAUGAAGAAUGUUCUGUUCCCCUAUCGGGGAAAGUCCCUUACACUUAAGGUUACGCAUCUUUUGUGCUUCCUUAUCUGGAUUGUUGGUGGCAUAAUUGCAUUUAUUCCCACGGUGGGCUUCGACUACUUCGGUAGUCGCCAGAAAGGUCAUCACUUUUAUGGCAGAUCAGUUGUAUGUCUGCCAUUGCAGCUUUCCACAGAUAAGCCGUCGGGCUGGGAGUACUCUGUUGCCAUGUUUGUGGGUUUAAACUUUACCCUUGUGCUCUUUGUCGUUGUGGCAUAUGCGAUGAUAAUCUAUAAGUCCUGCGCAUCAAACAGGCGCAUGGCUAAGCAAGGGACCGAAAGAGAGAGGAGAAUGAAAGCCAAGGCAAGGGCAGCCGAUCUAAGGAGGGAGGCCUCGCUCGCCAAAAGAGUGUUCUUCAUUGUUCUUACCGACUGUGUCUGCUGGCUGCCUAUUGUGGCGAUUGGAAUGAGGUCUCUCUUGGAAAAAUCCUUCCGUACACCUGGUGACCUCGCAGUUUGGAUCGCAGUCUUUGUUCUGCCGGUUAACUCUGCCAUCAAUCCCAUUCUUUACACCUUGUCUACCCCACAGGUCCGAGGAGUCAUCAGAGCCAAACUCCAACCAUUGUGGGAUUAUCUGGUGGCAAAACUCGGCCGAAAUCAAGAUGUUGAAGUUCAAGAUCAGGGAAUAGAGAUGAGAGUCAUCGAAGAAG